AACAUUACCUUAUGUCCUAAGAGCCUUUAGUUCUCGUGCGCAAGAUUAAAUUUCAACAUACCCACUUGACCUCAUGUCAUGUAGUUCUUGAAUUGUUACAUGCCUGUGUGACCUAAUGACAUCUUACUCGACAUUAUGGCUAAUACGGCUUUUCAGUUGUGCGCACGUAUUCAAACUUCGAUCACUGUAUACCGCUCUAAUUUAUGAGUAUGAGUAGUUUAAAGUGACAAAUGACAUUUUAAAAUGUCUGACUUCCUUCUCAGAAUUGUGUUCUAUAGGUUCACUCUUUUUAUUUCGGGUGAUAUCUUUCCUACUCAACACUCAACUUCACCACCAGGAUUUAUUUUAUUCAAUCGGGCGUCUUAAGUUAAACAGGAUACUCACAAAACUUUGACAUAAACGGCUGCAUUACAUUUUACACGGGACAAUGGAUCACAGACACAGACACGAACACGGUGAGCACCAUGUUGGUCACGUGCACCCUUCAUCACAUAAGAACGUCACCAAACGGCCGGCUAAAUCGAGGAUGACUGCUACCGUCGCCGCAACUACCGAGCGCGUCAUCCCCUCGAAUGAAAACGUGUCUGUAGAAGGCGGUCACGUGUCGAUGGAUGACAGUCACGUGCCUAUGCACGGCGGUCACGUGUCUAUGCACGACGGUCACGUUCCUAUGGACGGCGGUCACGUGUCUAUGCACGGCAGUGACAUGUCUAUGAAAGUUGGUCACGUGUCAGAACACAGCGGUCACGUGGUGCACUUUGGAAACCACACGAUAAACGAGCAGCCUGACCGCGGCUACGAACAUGGCGAUGCACAUACAGGGCACAGUUCCCACAUGAUGAUGUCGCAUACUUAUACGUAUUUCUCAACGGGCAGCUACACGGAUUUGAUGAUCAAAGGGAUAAACGUUUCGUCUAUUCAAGACUUGAUCCUAACACUGCUGGUAGUGAUGUUUAUGGUGAUUCUUAUCGAGGCUCUGAACACCUGGUUAAAGCGACAAAGGUCACAAUAUCCAUCUGUCUCAUCUAAGUUUCCCAUGCUCCUGUUGGCCACUGUUGUCAAGAUGGCGACUCUAACAGUCGGGUACCUGGCGAUGCUCCUGGUUAUGACCAUGAACUACUGGAUCCUCAUAACAGCGGUCCUUGCCUCUGGCAUUGGUCAUCUCAUUAUGCGACCCAUCAUCACCGCCUGUUGCAGUCCUCCAGAUAGAAUAUCUACCCAUGAGGAACUUGCAAAUGCGCAGAGGGUGAACUGCUCUACGUCCGAGAGUAUGUCCUGCAAACCACUGUGUGAGGCUGCACAGUCGGACGCGAUUGAAGUUCCAAACGGAGAAGAAGAGACUACACCGUUGACUUGGGCCCCACAGCUUGAUAAGCCCUGUUCACAAACAUGACUGACUGGAUGUUCACUUUCUACUUUGUUCUUAAGCAGCAUUAUACUGAGAUAAGUUUUGUUCGGCCAUGUGUACAUACAUAACGAAUUGUUAAAUGCCACGUAACGCCAUACAGAAUGCCUACAUGUACAUGCCUUUACUUCAUCAAAUAGCUUAGCAACAUGUUUUUGCAUAAUCAAAUAAGUAAAAAGUAUACAUAAAGAGAUAUCGUUCCCAUACACAACAAGUGAUAUUAUGUAGUAAUGAAGUGAUAAACUCUAUUGACAAACAUAUGAUGCAUGUAUAAACAUAUUCUUAAAGUAUAAUUAUGUCUGUGUACACAUGUAGUCAAUGUACUUAUAUACAAGUAUAUGUUUUAUCGUUGCAAAAGGUUGCUGUGUGUAGCAUACUGCACACUUCUAAACAAAGUAUCUCCCGCUUAUUUUGAUUAUUUACUUACGCAUGAUUUGCUACAAAAUUUACACUACCAUGCUCACCAUACAUGCUUAUCUACUUUAUGCGUGUUGGUUUUCGUGAUAGCACGAAAAAGGAAAAAUGCCCCCGUCCCUCCCUGGUGGACAUGUUUUUUCAAACUUGUCCAAGAUAUCAUUGGGACAAAUCUUCUGACCAAGUUUCAUGAUGAUCGGACAAUAAAUGUGGCCUCUAGAGUGUAAACAAGGUUUUAUUAUAGCUACAUGUAUAUAAGGAACAAGAGGGCCUGAAAGUCCCAAAGUCGCUCACCUGAGAUAACAAUUUAUUAUUAGGACAAAUCUUCUGACCAAGUUUCAUGAAGAUCGGAAAAGAAAUGUGGCCUCUAGAGUGUUAACAAGGUUUUACUAUAGCCAUAUAGGGAAAAAUGCCCCACCCCUGGCAGCCAUGUUUUUCAACCAACCGGCAUCAUUUUUGAACUCGUCCAAGAUAUUAUUGGGAUGAAUCUUCUGACCAUGUUUCAUGAAGAUCGGAAGUAAAUGUGGCCUCUAGAGUGUUAACAAGAUGCCCCGCCCCUUGGAAGCCAUGUUUUUCAAGCAAACAUGAUUAUUUUCUAACUCAUCCAAGAUAUCAUUUAGACCAAUUUUUGACCAAAUUUCAUGAAGAUUGGACAAUAAAGGUGGUCUCUAGAGUGUUAACGAGGUUUUACUAUAGCCAUAUAAGGAAAAAUGCCCCGCCCUUGGUGGCCAUGUUUUUAAAGCAAACAAAACCAUUUUCGAAGUCAUGCAAGAUAUCAUUGGGACAAAUCUUCUGACCAAGUUUCAUGAUGAUCGGAAACACCUCUAGUGUUGGGAAUUUAGCGCGCCGUCGUGUGACGCCGCCGUUGGCGCGCCGUUGUGUGACGCCGCCGAAUAACUUCAUAUACAUGCACGUCAUCUUGUUAUUGUUGUUUCAGUUUAUAUAUUGUUAUGAUUGAGAAAGGACGACAUUAAAACGUAAAACACAACGCUAUACUUAUUUAUUCAAUUCACGUAGACAUUUUGGUGCCGUGACUAAAAACUAAGGAUGCCGUCAACAAAUACAGAUAAGUUAAAGGGGCAGAGACUAGGAAAUCAGAGAGUAAUCGAGCGAUUGAUCGAAAGAUUGGAAGAAAAUGACAAAUUGCAGUUUGAACCAACCAUCGUUGCAAUAGAGAACCAGUUGGAGAUAAUACGAGGAUUAAAUGAGAAAAUAAUCGCACUAUCAGACGCGGAAUCGACCCCAGACGAGCUGUUGGACUCGCAGAUGUACGUUUUUGACAUGGAAGCGAAGCUUCGGAGAUACCGUCAAAAUAUGCGUGAUCACCCAUCUUCAAGUAGUACAGCCGUCCAUGAUAGUAGUCUGUCGAUGUCCGUUAUGCAGCCACCCGAGUUAUCCAAUACACGCUAUCGAAGCGUAGAGGAAGAACCACACGCGCCUCUGCAGUUACCUACCCUACCGACAUCAUCCGAAAACUUUAAUCAGUCGUCGCUUCCGGCCUUUCAUAAACCCCGUCAAGUCUCUACCACCAUCGCUGACACCAACAUAAUGCAUACAGCCUAGCAGAACGUUAAGCACCAAACAUCCGGUGACACAAACACGCAUAACAAACCUUCGCCCAGUGAAAGUUCAAAUCGAUCUGGAGCCGCACAUAGCAGGUCUAGGGAAAGGAAUAACGAGCAGGACGCUCGUUCGACGCCUCAAAAUUGGUCAGAGGCUAUGGGCGGGUCCGGCAAGCCUGUAAAGUCUACCAGAGAAAGUCAAAGCAAUAUUGGAACGGUCGAGUCAUGCAAAACUUUACGACGAGAUGCAGAAAGCGAACCUGUCGCCAUACUUAAGGCGUCGAGCAGAUCUGUGGGACUAAGCGGUGUUCCUCGGACACCGAGAAAGUUUUCGGCCGACUAUCCCAAGGAUCCCGGGCUGAGUUUAAGCCGCACUAGGAAUGGCUCCUAUAUGACGUCAGGUGGCACUCCCCAGGAGCACGGGGUUAGUUUGGACAAGAUUCCCAAACCGUCGGUGAGUUCAAACCGCAAUCCCGAUGGACCCAUCGUGAGUUCGAAUAAAACUCCCCAGAAUCCUGGGAUACUCUCUGAUCACUCCCAGCGAGAGAUCAAGAAACUGUCCGAUUACUCGAGCCGACAGAGCCCACUAGCGGAGAGUUCGCCGCGACUGCGGAGCAACCGGAAGUCACUUUUUAACAUCAAAGAGUGCCUGGGAAAAUUAUUGCAAUCAACACUAGUUCGAAAAAGAAGCAGAAGUCAAGACUGCCCGGAGCAGACAGGCAAUUUGACAUCGGAGCAUCUUCCGGAAUCUCCAUUUCCGUCCACGAGUUCGGAUUCAAAAUCGCCAUCCAGUCGGAAAUGGCCGGAAACCAACCAUUCAGAAGAUCAGACGACAUCGGAAGCGCUCAAUGCAAGCGUCGUUCCAAAGAGUGCAUGCAGGGACGUCUCAUCUACAUCUACAUGGUAUCAUCAAACUGUCAUGGAUUGACAUUACGUCAUUCAAAGACCGAGAAAAACACGUAGACGCCAAAACGGCAAAAGCUCAAUAAAUGACAAUAUUAUUUCAUGUAAAAAAGGAAACACUUACUGUAUAUGAAAUUCGAAACAUCAGCGCAUCUACUCCACGAAAGAAGACUGACUGGACUUCCAUACAGUGACGCUAAAGCCGUUGGUGAUAGUUCAUUCCCCAACGUUACACGUCGUGAUAUCACACAACGCGCACAGGCUCGCGUGCGUCUUAUCGAACAGUACCGUCACUGAUGGACUCACGAAUAUCUGACGUCAAUGAGGGAAUUCCAAACGAAAGGCGGCAACAACCAUCAGACGAUACGUUUGGGCGACGUUGUUAUCGUGCAGGACGACUUCAAACCGCGACUUCAGUGGACCUGGCUGUGGUAGACGAGCUUCUCACCGGAAAUGAUGGGUUGACGAGGGCCGCGCGCCUCCGUACAUCAAGUCGAAUCACCAUCAGACCAAUCGUCAAACUAUACCCGCUAGAAGUACAAUGUGACGACAACUGACUUUAAUUGUGUGCAAUCAAGUGUUGAACUCUUUUCUGAUGUUAUGGACAUUUGAAGUUUUAAAAACAUCAAUAGAUUUAAUUAUUUUAUUUAAAUAAGCAUAUUUUGUAAGUGUAUAUUAACAUUUCGCGGCCCGGAGAAUGUUGGGAAUUUAGCGCGCCGUCGUGUGACGCCGCCGUUGGCGCGCCGUUGUGUGACGCCGCCGAAUAACGUCAUAUACAUGCACGUCAUCUUGUUAUUGUUGUUUCAGUUUAUAUAUUGUUAUGAUUGAGAAAGGACGACAUUAAAACGUAAAACACAA